AUGCACAUAACUCCGAGUUUUUUCAUUGUUUGUAGAGCUUUUCAAGGUUUUGGCAUCAAAUUUAUUUUACCCAACGUUAUGGGAAUAGUUGGCAAUAUAUAUUUACCAGGUACUCAAAAGAAAAACAUGGUUAUUAGUUUAAUUGGAGCAUGUGCUCAUAUAGGUGCUACCUAUGGUAUGUUUUGGUUAGGCUUGAUAGUCCAUUAUAGUUCCACAAUUGGGCCUGGUCAUUUUAUGCAUAUUCUAUAUUGA